CUUACCCAAUCUCUAUAAUUGGAUCUCUUGCUAAACUGUAAUCGCGCAUACGUACUGAGAGCAUGACUUCUUCUAUGGCCUUUCAAUUAGGAGCUUCUUCCUCUUCUUCAUUCUCUUCGUCUUCUUCCAACCGUCCAUGGAAUCAUGAUGUAUUUUUGAGCUUUAGAGGUGAAGAUGUUCGCUGUGGCUUUAUUUCCCAUCUAAAUCAUGCUUUGCGUCAAGAUGGAAUCAAUACUUAUAUGGACAACACUGAUCUUGAAAUGGGAGAGGAAAUUUCACCAGCACUUUUCAAAGCUAUUGAAGGGUCAAUGAUUUCUGUCAUUGUACUAUCUAAAAACUAUACAGAAUCUAGAUGGUGCUUAGACGAGCUAUUGAAGAUUCUUGAUUGCAAGGAAAUAAUUGUUCUACCAAUUUUUUACUACGUAGAUCCAUCGGAAGUACGACAUCAAAAAGGGAUUUUUGGAGAAUCCUUUGAUAAACUUGGAGAUAAGCUCAAGGAUAAAGCAAAGAUGUUAAAAUGGAAGGUAGCUUUGAAAAAAGUAGCCGAUUUAUCUGGUUUCUCAUUAGCGAACUUCAGGGAUGAGUCAGAAUUGAUCCAAAAUAUCAUUCAGUGGGUGGACUCGAGAAAAGUACUAAACCAAACACCUUCAAGCAUUGCCGUGUAUCCAAUUGGGAUAAAGUCUCGUAUACGAGACAUUGAUCAACAUUUACGUAUCGGAAUGAAUGAUAUUAUACUCAUGGUAGGGAUAUUCGGAACCGGUGGAAUUGGUAAGACAACUAUUGCAAACGAUAUUUAUAACAAGAUUCGUUUUCAAUUUGAAGGAAGUUGUUUCUUGAGAAAUAUUAGAGAAAUUUCAAAACAAGUGGGAGGUCUGAUUCAGCUGCAAAAUGAACUUCUUUUCGAGAUUUUAGGAACAACAUCGAAUAUUAAUGAUGUUGAGAAAGGAGUCGAAGUGAUUCGGGAUAGACUUCGCUCUAAAAAGGUUCUACUAGUUCUUGAUGACGUGGAUGAGUUGGCCCAACUAAAAAAACUAGCUAGAGAUCGUGCUUGGUUUGGUUCGGGAAGUAGAAUUCUCAUAACAACAAGAGAUCAACACUUAUUAGAAGCCUUUGAAGUUGAUUCAAAGUACGAGGUGAUGAUUUUGGAUGACAAUGAAGCUCUUCAGCUCUUUAGCUUGCAUGCUUUCAAGGAAAAAGAACCGCCGGAGGAUUUUAUGGACAUAUCUAAACAAGUAACAAAAUAUGCUCAAGGUCUUCCACUAGCUUUAACAGUGCUAGGUUCAGAUCUAAAAAGUCAAAGUAUACGUCAAUGGGAAAGUGCAUUGGAUAAAUAUAAAAACAUUCCCCAUGGUGAUAUUCAGAAAGUACUCUUAGUUGGUUAUGAAGGUCUGCAUGAUACUGAUAAGGAAAUAUUCCUUGAUAUUGCAUUUUUCUUCAAAGGAGAAUCUUUGGAAAAUGUCACGAAAAUAUUUGAUUCUUGUGGUUUUUACCCGGAUCAUGGAAUCAAGAGGCUUAAAGACAAGUGUCUUAUUACUACUACUAUUGAAUGGGGUAAUGAACGUGUUGGGAUGCAUGAUUUGCUGCAAGAUAUGGGACGAGAAAUUGUUCGACUAGAAUCAUCCAAAGAACCUAGCAAACGUAGCAGACUGUGGAUUCACAAGGAUAUCCGUGAAGUGUUGGAGGACAGUACGGGGCCAAACAAAAUUGAAGGCAUGGUAUUAGAUUUACCUAAAGACGAGGAGGAGAUAAGGUUGCAUCCGAAAGCAUUUCUACACAUGAAAAGACUUAGAGUCUUUAUAAAUCGUAAUGCACGUUUUUCUUGUGAAUCCAAUUAUCUCUCCGACAAUUAUCUCUCCGAAGAGUUAAGAGUCCUUGAUUGGAGUAACUAUCAUUUACCAUAUUUGCCACGUAAUUUCCAAGGGAAGAAACUCAUUGUCUUUAGGAUGCAGCAUAGCCUCAUCAAAGAGUUAGGGAAUGGAUUCAAGCCCAAGAAUUUGACGAUUAUAACUUUCGAAGAUUGUAAAUUCUUAAAAAAGAUUCCGGAUCUUUCAAGCCUCUCAAAUUUGAAGGAAUUGGCUGUCCAAUUUUGUACAAGAUUAGUUGAGGUGCAUGAUUCCGUUGGAUCUUUGGACAAUCUUUCCAUGUUGGAUUUUUUUUGUUGCUCUAAACUCCAAAUCCUUCCAAGAAGCCUCAAUUUAAGAUCUUUAUGCUAUCUUGGUCUUCGGGAUUGCCCAAGCAUUCGUUAUCUUCCUGAAAUCGAGUGUAAAAUGGAAUCUUUAAUUGAAUUGAAUCUACGUGACACCGCAAUAGAAGAGCUACCUUUAUCCAUCAGGAACCUCAUACGACUCGAGUCUUUAUAUUUAAAAGGCUGCAAAAACCUUAUGCGUCUCCCAAUUGCUUGCAUUCGGCUGCAACAUUUACGUUGGCUCGAGAUUGGUGGUAAUUUUCCAAAUCUUGUAAAGAAGAUGAGGGAUGAUGGGCUAUCCCUUCUAGCUAUUGAGUCUACAAAAAUGGAAGAGGAGAUGUCAUUACGUGAAGAACGACUCCAUGAAUUGGCAUCUCCAACGAAUUCAAGCAAUGGGAGCACUGGAUUACAAUUGUUGGAUCUUCAAAAUUGUUUCCAAUCAGAAACAAAUUUCUUUCCAAUAUCUAGUUUAUUUACCAUGUUUAACUCCUCUGCCAGUUUGUGUCAUUUAUAUCUAUCUUCCACUGAUAUUGUUUGCCUUCUCACGAGCAUCAAAGAUAUUAUGAGCCUCGAAUCUCUUUCCUUGAGCUAUUGUUGUAAACUUGAAGAAAUACCAGAGCUUCCACCAAAUAUAAGAGCAGUAGAUGUUAGGGGAUUCAAGUCAUUAGAAAUAUUUCAGAAAAUGCAUGAGAAUAGAUGGAAUGAUAAAGUGCAAAAUCCUUAUUUGUGCAAGGGAGUCUAUGAAUAUGAAUAUGAUGCUACUUUGUUUCCGGAAAAUCAAUUUUUAGAGUGGUUGAGUUAUAUUCAUGAGUUUAUAGAGGAUAGUGGAAUGGUGAAGGGGCCAGAUAAUUAUGUUAGACCAAGGGGAGAAGAAGAGUGGGUAAUAGAUAUCGAGGGGCCGCACAAUUUGGAGGAGAUAAAAGGAAUUGUACUGUAUAUCAUAAUACUUUAUAAAGAUGCUUCAGUGGAUUGUACAAUUGAUCAUACUAAUGCUAAGAUAACCAGUAAGAGGUCAGAUCAUGUAUGUCGUGUUGAAGGGGUACAAUUGGUUAAUAAGGGUUCGUACCGCAUGGGAAAUAGUACUGGAUAUGCUAUUUGGGUGGGGUACUCCAAUUUACAAUCUUUUAAGCUACCAGUUUUGGAAAAUUUCCAAGUUCAAUUUGAUCUUCGAUGUAAAGGGAUGGUGUGGUUUUAUAAAACUUGCAGAGCCAAAGUUGUAUACAAGAAUGAAAGUAAGUCCCCUCUUUUAAUUUCCUCCUCUCUGCGAAUUAUAUUUUUUCCCUUUCACUUUGUACAUUUAAUUUUGUUUCUGGGAUGAUGAUUUUACUUAUAGCCAUUCAUAGUCGAUGCCAUGGUGCUUCUUUGAAGCUUCACAAUGUGUAGCUACCAAAAUAACUUGCAUCUCUGUUUUGUUUUUGAGACAUUGCCCUGUUUUAGGCCCCAAUAAAAACAUAGCUUCAUUUGGUAUUCUUUUUUGUACUUCAAAUUUGGUAUUCUUCAAAACCAUAUAAUAGAAGAGCAUGAAGACAGUGAAAAAUCAUCCAGGUGUCCAAUGUGAAGAUGGUUGUUUAGGUGGAAUCUUCAAUUUUUAUUUUCUAUUUCCCUAUUGUCUCAUCAAACAAACUGUGUAUGGAAAGAAGCAUGCGCAUGAGGAGAUUGAAUCAAAGCAAUGAAUGUAUGAAAUGAAUGAAGUUGGGACUGUACUUUUACCUUUUGUCUGGUAAUUUUCUUUUGGGCUUUUCCCUGUUUGCAGCAUUGGAGCCUAUUGAUACAAAAGCAUGAAGAGAGUGUGAAAAAUCAUCCACGUGUGCUGCAUGAAGAUGGAAGUUUCAGUGGAAUCUUCAAAUUUUGUUUUUUGUUCCCCUGUUUUAUCAGCAACCAAACUGUGGAUGGGGAGACGGAUGAGCAUGAGGAGAUUGAAUCAAAGCAAUGAAUGUAUUGGAUGAAUAAAGUUAGAACUGUACUCUUGCCUUCUAUUCCAAAGGUUGAACUGUACUAUUUUUUAGGUAAAUAGUGCUAUGCUAUCAGGGCCUUGUUCCAUUUUUAGUUUUUCUGCAUUUUAGCAUUCUAGGCACAAAUUCAUCAUCAAUGAUAAAUGAUGUUGAGGUUGGAAGUUUGUAGUAGGCAUAUUCCAAGGUUUCAUUGUCUUUGGAUUGUGUAUUUUGUAGAAUUUGUGUGAUUUGGAAAUUCUGAAGGCUGCAACUUCCACUUUAAACACCA